CAGAAGAAUUAUUUUUCUUUUCGGAAGAAGAUCCCGACAAAGCGGCCCGAUUUCUUUUCAGACAGAAAAAAGCAGUCGAAGAAUCAGAAAACCGACGAUGUACGCCAGAACAAAUACCGGCAGCUCACAUGGAGACUUUCAAGAUCGAAACGGAGUAAAUUAUGUGACAUCGACAGAGUCCUUCGCUCACUGCUCUCAAUUGUUCUGGAAAAAGGAUCCCAACGACUCCGGACCAAGUUCAACCAUCAACUGGUGCGAUCAGCUCCCUUCGUCAUCAGCAGCCCUCACCAGCUCCAGUCUCUCCUCCACGUCACUGUCCACCUCCAGUCUCUCCAUGGAGUCCCGAGCGCCGGUAUCUGCAUCAACAACAGCGGUAGACGACAUGGAGGACUCGGACGAGAGGCCGUACGUCUGUGACCUGUGCACGUGUGCCUACAAGCACGCCAGCUCCCUGCUCAACCACAAGCUCACACACAGGACGGGGGACUUCAAAUGCGACUUUUGCAGCAAACCUUACACCAACUACAUGUCUCUUCGCAACCACAUGCGAAUCCACGGUCAGAAGCGCUACAUGUGCGACUUGUGUGGGAAGGCCUUCCGCCUGGCCCGGUACCUGCGGAACCACCAGAGGAUCCACGACGACGGGCCCAACCGCUUCGACUGCCCUUCGUGCUGCAAGAGCUACAGGACCAUGCUGGAGUUGGCCCAGCACCGCUGCACAGCUGCUGGCAGUAGCCAGAACCGGUUCAACUGCCCGUCCUGCUUUAAGAGCUACCGAACCAUGCUGGACCUGGCCCAGCACCGCUGCAGCGCCGUGGCCAAACACCAGUCUGGCAGCCGUCGUUCCAAUUUCGCCAACAACGCCCGUCGGCAGCAGCAGCAGCAGCGACACAACAACGCAAACUCCAUGAUGCAGCAGCAGCAGCAGCACAGUGGACACGGCCAGCAAGACACACUUCCCUCCCACUGCGUGUCACCGAUGUCUCAGGGAGGUCAAGGUGGCAGCCAGCCUGACCCCCACCAGCAGGGACGUCCCAGCUCAGUGUCCUCCCAGAGCAGCCAGCAAAGCAUGAGGAACUCCUCCUCCAACAAACACGUGUCCUCCUCCAGCGCAGCCCCGUCCUCCUCCUACUCUCUGCUCCAGCCCCUGGUGCCUGAGGUAAAGGAGAUGAGCUCGGGAUACACUAGGCUGAGCGUCAACUCCAUGCCAAAACACCAGGAAGCGUUCUCUCUGGCCCCCCAGCGGCCCCUCACCACCAUCAACCCCAUCGGCCACAUCCUUCAUCCGAACGGAGCGCCCACGCUCAAGCCUUCCCCCGUGCCACGCAGCAUCCAGACCAUGCCAUGGGAGCAGCGCUCGCUCUACAAUCAAUGAGACUUUGACGGGACGUCUGUCGCAGCCGCCUCCGCCCCGACGCACCCUCGUCCUCGUCCAGCAUCAAAGAUGGAGGACUCCAGUGACCACCUCCACCGCCUCAGCCCCCACCCCCCCCUUCCUUUUGGAACGCCGAGUUUGGGAUCAGGGGAAAGGGCACUACUGACAACUAGUUGAGAGUAACUGAGUAGUUAGGUUAAUAAUGUGUUGCCUUGACCCUCAUGUAUGAUCUAUGCCAUGUACUGAAUAUAAGUUAAAAUGUCCUCCCCUCUCUAGUUAUGAGAAUAUCUAUCCCUCCCGUUAUGAAUAGUGUCUCUCCUCACCUCCUUUCUCCAUAUGUUAAACAAAACAAGAGGCUAUUUUUAUCAACCAAGUCCUGAAGUUAAAGUAACUCUCUGCCCAUUCUAAUAUGUUUUUGAACAUAUACCCCAAGUUCUUUUUAACUAAACAAAGAUUCUGGAAAGUAAAGGGAAAGGGGAAACAAAAACUUUUUCUUUUUUUUCUUUUUUUUUUUUACCGUACCCCUUUGUGAUGCUCCAGAACGAACCGUGUGUAUAUUGUGCGUUGGGAGGUGUCAUGACUGUUUGUGUUCCGUUCUGUUUGACCACACCUCUCACCUCCUGAGCACCAGGCAACAGCGAGGACCACGAGGAGAGACGCCACCGAUGUCCGGCAAAGAGAAAAAAAUGAAAGGAAAAAGUCCAGGAACGUGCCAGUCGGGCCUUUUUUUUUAAUUUUUUUAUUUUCCUGUGUCGUUAAGUGAAGUGACUGCUGUUGGGAAAAGGACCUCCCUCCUCCCUCCUCCCUCCUCCCUCCCCUCUCCUCCCUGCGCUCUGCCACAGCCAAGGACACGGACUCAUCAGCGCAGUUUCCUUCUCUCAACACAACAGGAACACUCACUUGUUCCUAAACGUGCGUGUGACUGGUGGCACGUUGUUACUGUAGUUUUUGCUGGUCUGUUGGCCGGGAAUCAAAUCUAGAAGAUAACACUUCACACGUCUCCAUUCUUCUUCUUCUUCUUCUUGUUUUUUUUUGUUUUCUUAUCGUUCCACACUCACCGUUAACGCGUUCAUUUGUUCCUUUCACUUUAAAAGCACUUGAAGACGAGUGCUGUCUAAUUGUUACUGUCUCUGUCUAGAGCUGAGUCGACUGUAAAGAUGUAACACUGCCUUACAUCAACGCCCCCCAUCCCCCCCAUCACAACUCAACAUGAACGCCGGUGACUGAGCAGCGAAAACUGGUGCCUGGUUCGUGCCCAUGAACACUGCUGUGUGUGGACGGUACAGUGGCCAAAGCUCUGGACCCACGCUCCCAGCGUCAACACUUCCUUCCUCCCUCCCUCCCCCCUCCAGUGUCGUUCUCUUAUAGAAAACCGUCACACCUGCUAGAGCUGUCACUUUCUCUUUUUCACAAACUCAGCCACAUUUACACGCACACACACAGACGACUGUGACAUUAUUUAUUAUUAUUAUCCUUAAUAUUAGUCGCGCACGGUCGAUCGCUUGUUGCGUUUCCCAUCUGUGUUGAGUCUACACAGAUUUGUUCAGUAUUUUUCCGUCUCUGGUGUCCACACUCCACUCCUGGUAAAUGUCGUCAGGAUGACGGUCGAGCUUCGUGUCCUUCACUUUCACUGCACGGCUGCGUCUCAGUCGUACUUUUCUGAUCGUCCAAACUCGCAGUGCCCUCUGCGGGGCAACGUGGCAAUUACUUUAAGACAGUCCUCUGCACUUCUAGGCUGUAAGUUUUGAAUUCCAAGUGUUAAAGGUUCAAAUUAGACUUUUUUUGCCCCCCCCCUUCUGUUCAAAAUGAUUUUUGAAUUUCUUGUUAAAGUGACAGCCCUAACUCCCUCACCGUUCUCUGGACAGAUUUGAGUUCAAACACCUACCUUCAGGGUGUUUCAUUAAGCAGCGUGUCCUAGUUGGCCGGAUAAAAUCCAAAUCCACGCUUCACAAGUGUUUUAUCUGUUAACGGGUCCUUUUGAUGAAUAACAGUUGAACCAUGGAUGGGAUAGGUAGUCACGUUAGGUUAUCUUGCUAACACGGUGCUCAUUGAAAUACCCACAAUUCUACUGACAUUGUAUUUUCUCUUUUUAAAAGUUGUCUCUAUUUUUAUUCAUGACAUGUUUUCAUUGUUGCUUUUUUUUUCCCGUCUCCUUGUAAAGUGUCUUUUGAGUAUUUAGAAAAGUGCUAUACAAAUAAAAUGUUUUAUCAUUA